GCUCAACUGAAUUGAGGACUUGAAACUGUUGGGAUGGCUGGACUCAAGGCGCUAUGGGUGGCGGUGCUACUACUGGUGGUGCAUGAGGUGUCCUCACAGCUAAAUGUAUGUGGUCGGGCUCCUCUCAACACCAAGAUCGUUGGAGGAGUGGAUGCUGCUCCGGGCACCUGGCCCUGGCAGGCCAGUUUGCAGUGGUUUGGCCACUUCUGUGGGGGGUCUCUGAUCAACAAUCUGUGGGUGCUGACUGCUGCCCACUGCUUCCCCACAAAUGACACGACAGGUCUCACGGUCAUCCUGGGCCGUCAGGACCAGGCGGGCAGCAACCCCAACGAGCAGUCCCGGACCAUCUCCAGGAUUGUCUGUCACCCCGAUUACAGUGGGACCACCAACGACAACGACAUCUGCCUAUUGCAGCUCUCCUCGGCUGUCACCUUCACAGACUACAUCGCGCCCGUCUGCCUGGCCGCGGACGGAAGCACUUUCAACAGCGGCAUCAUCAACUGGGUCACUGGCUGGGGCGCCACCUCGUUUGGAGGUUCAGCCGCAGACAUCCUCCAGGAAGUGGACCUGCCCAUAGUGGGCAACAGGGAGUGUGACUGCAGCUAUGUGGGCCAAAUCACCAACAACAUGAUCUGCGCUGGAUUGUCGGCCGGAGGGAAGGACUCGUGUCAGGGUGACUCUGGUGGUCCUCUUGUAGUCAAACAGGGUCCGCAGUGGGUCCAGUCGGGAGUGGUGAGCUUUGGUUAUGGAUGUGCCUUGCCCAACUUCCCUGGAGUAUACGCCAGAGUAUCUGAAUAUCAGGCAUGGAUCAACGGUAUCAUCACCACCCACCAGCCCGGCUUCGUUGACUUCCGAUCCGGGGGAAUCAACAGCGACGCCACCUUCAACUGUGGCCCAGUCACCGCCUCACCGACCGCCCCCGCACCGUUGACGUGCGGCAGCGCCCCCAUGAACACCCGCGACAGCAGGGGGCUGGUGCAGUCCACCGGCGUGUGGCCCUGGAUCGCUAGCCUGCAGGUCAACGGCACGCACAUGUGCGGCGGCACCCUGGUGACUGCGGAUGCCGUCCUGAGCGACGCCUCGUGCUUCACCAUGUACCCCAAUGCCUCCUACUGGACGGUUGAGUUGGGCCGCCGGAAUCUGAACGGCCCCAACUCCUUCAACAUGACCCUGGGGGUGAAAUCCAUCACCCUCAGCAAUCUCACCGGAGACAACAUCGCCGUGCUCAUGCUGUCCAGUCCACCGAGGCUCUCGGACUACAUCCAGCCCAUCUGUCUGGACCAGGGGAUGGGCAGCUUCCUGAACAACACUGACUGUUGGAUGGCAGGCUGGGGCAUGGGCCAGGGAGGCGCCCAAGAAACCCUGCAGGAGUUCAACACCACGGUGGUGGGUUGUAGCAACACGUCAUCCAGUGACUACUUCUGCACCGAAGCGCUGACUGUGAGAAUGGGUGACGCCGGAGGCCCCCUAAUGUGCAAGAGCGGCAACUCUUGGACCCAAGUGGCCGGGCUUCCCAACGUCAUGGGCAACAGCAGCAUGGUGCGCUCAGAGAGAGCCGCCGACCAGUCCAUGUUCACCUCUACAGCGCGAUUUUCUAGCUUCCUGAGGGAAACUCUGGGGAGUCUGCCGUCCCCCGCCAACGCCACCACAACCACCGCUCCCACCACCAGUUUGUUGUGUGGUCGGGCUCCUCUCAACUCCAAGAUCGUUGGAGGAGUGGAUGCUGCUCCGGGCACCUGGCCCUGGCAGGCCAGUUUGCAGAGCUUUGGCCACUUCUGUGGGGGGUCUCUGAUCAACAAUCUGUGGGUGCUGACCGCUGCCCACUGCUUCACCACAACUGACACGACAGGUUUCACGGUCUUCCUGGGCCGUCAGGACCAGGCGGGCAGCAACCCCAACGAGGUGUCCCGGACCAUCUCCAGGAUUGUCUGUCACCCCGAUUACAGUGGGAUCACCAACGACAACGACAUCUGCCUGCUGGAGCUCUCCUCGGCUGUCACCUUCACAGACUACAUCGCGCCCGUCUGCCUGGCCGCGGACGGAAGCACUUUCAACAGCGGCAUCAUCAACUGGGUCACUGGCUGGGGCACCACCUCGUUUGGAGGUUCACUUGCGGACAUCCUCCAGGAAGUGGACCUGCCCAUAGUGGGCAACAGGGAGUGUAACUGUAACUAUGGGGAGGGCAAAAUCACCAACAACAUGAUCUGCGCUGGAUUGUCGGCCGGAGGGAAGGACUCGUGUCAGGGUGACUCUGGGGGUCCUCUUGUAGGCAAACAGGGUGUGCAGUGGGUCCAGUCGGGAGUGGUGAGCUUUGGUUAUGGAUGUGCCUUGCCCAACUUCCCUGGAGUAUACGCCAGAGUGUCAAAAUAUCAGGCAUGGAUCAACGGUAUCAUCACCACCAACCAGCCCGGCUUUGUUGACUUCCGCUCCGCGGGAACCGACAGCGACGCCACCUUCAACUGUGGCCCAGUCACCGCCUCACCGAUCGCACAAUGGACAAUGGACAAUGCGUUGACGUGCGGCAGCGCCCCCAUGAACACCCGCGACAGCAGGGGGCUGGUGCAGUCCGCCGGCGUGUGGCCCUGGAUCGCUAGCCUGCAGGUCAACGGCACGCACAUGUGUGGCGGCACCCUGGUGACUGCGGAUGCCGUCCUGAGCGACGCCUCGUGCUUCACCAUGUACCCCAAUGCCUCCUACUGGACGGUUGAGUUGGGCCGCCGGAAUCUGAACGGCCCCAACUCCUUCAACAUGACCCUGGGGGUGAAAUCCAUCACCCUCAGCAAUCUCACCGGAGACAACAUCGCCGUGCUCAUGCUGUCCAGUGCACCGAGGCUCUCGGACUACAUCCAGCCCAUCUGUCUGGACCAGGGGAUGGGCAGCUUCCUGAACAACAAUGACUGUUGGAUGGCAGGCUGGGGCAUGGGCCAGGGAGGCGCCCAAGAAACCCUGCAGGAGUUCAACACCACGGUGGUGGGUUGUAGCAACACGUCAUCCAGUGACUACUUCUGCACCGAAGCGCUGACUGUGAGAAUGGGUGACGCCGGAGGCCCCCUGAUGUGCAAGAGCGGCAACUCUUGGACCCAAGUGGCCGGGCUUCCCAACGUCAUGGGCAACAGCAGCAUGGUGCGCUCAGAGAGAGCCGCCGACCAGUCCAUGUUCAUCUCCACAACGCGAUUUGCUAGCUUCCUGAGGGAAACUCUGGGGAGUCUUCCGUCCCCCGCUAGCGCCACCACAACCACCGCCCCCACCACCACCACCGCCCCCACCACCAGUCACGCGUCAGACGCACGCUUCUCCAUGUCCUACCCCCUCCUCCUCUCCUCCAUCUACCUCUUCUCUGCGCUGGUCUAGAGGUAGCGUGGCCUGGAAGGGCUCGACUCCUCCUAUCAUAUCAUAUC